AUGAGCUCGAAUUUGGAUGAGUACGAGGAUUUGGAUGAUUUGUUAGAGGAUCCGUCAAAACUUGACGAUGAGCCAGCCUCCGCCUCCAGUACAACAGCUGCCAAGGAUGAAUGUGGCAGCCCGAGGACGACAAAAACGGAUCCCGAGAUCGCAGGUGCCAUGGAAGACCUUCAGGGAGAGUUUGCCAAACUUUUGCAGAAUAGCGAUGCGGGCUCCCAGGAAGAAAGCAAAAGAACAGCGGACGGCGUCAAUCAGUUGCUGAAAGCAUUGGCAGAAGCGGGGUCGACAGAGAAGGAGAAGGAAAAGAGCCCGUCGCAGCAAUUGAAUGAUGACAGCAGGGGGCGGGAUAGACCGAAUGGCUUCAAAGACGUCGUGUCGAAUACGCUUGACCGGUUGAAGGAAAGCGGGACAAAGGUGGAUGCGAACUUGCGGGAAGAGCGGAAGAAGGGCAAUUCUAAUGACGACGUGCUCUCGCAGUUGCUGGACCAACUGGUGGACGGUACCGCUGACGAUGACGAGGAAGGUAUGGAGAAUGCGAUCCAGAACAUGCUGAACCAGAUGUCGUCGAAAGACGUGCUUUACAAGCCCAUGAAGGAGAUGCAGACAGAAUUCGUAAGCUGGAUGGCAGAGAACGCAGACCGUGAGGAGCACGCGGAUAAAAUAGAGUGCUAUCGCAAGCAGGUGGUAUUAGUGGAUCAAAUUGUGGCAACCUACGAGCGACCAGACUACGAAGACGGUAAAUUCCGCAGCGAGAUCGGCAGUUUGCUGGACGGGCUGGAGCAGCUGGGUGACUCGCCUGUGAGCAAAGGGUUCAACAGUGCGGAUGCCACUGGGGGCCCCGAUCUUGAGAAGUUGCUCGAGGUGGAUGGAGAGCAGGACAUGGGUAAUCUCGAUAAACAAUUGCAAGAUGCAUGUCCGCAGCAGUAG